AGGCGGGGAGGUGUGAGAUUCUGUUGCGACCGAAUGAAACAACAUUGUAAUCGAAACCAUAAACAACCCAACGGAGGCGAGGGGCCACCACCCGUCUGGGUCGGAAACGUAAACGUCCUGAUCAUUAGUAGAACAGGGGUUCUCACCGUAGCAAGCGGCGGGAACUUGAAGAUUGGAAAUGGAAUAGGUGAUGAGAUUGUUUCCCAGACCUCCGCCGCCACCGUCGACGGAAUUUCAGGAAAGACGAGCACUGUUUUGCUCAAUUCCGACAAUUUUGUGCUUCGGGAGCUGAAUCGAGAUGAGUCGAUGAAGCGGGAACUAAGGCAGAGCUUCGAUUACCCAACGGAUACCCUUCUACCAGGGAUGAAAUUGGGCGCCAAUUUGCAAACUGGGCAUGUUUGGUCUCUGAAACCAUGGCCGUUCGAGGCCAAUUUCACUUUUGGGUUGAACCCAAACGAGACUACCAAGAACCUACUGUUAUCCUUCAUCGUGGGAGAAGCGACUUCACUUGUGAUCUCUGCGAGAUUGCUCGGAAUUCAUCAUACCAGUCUGGUUUCUCUCAUGCUCUGAUGGUAUGUGCACUUAACCUAAGAUUCAUUAGGCGGACAAUGUGUUGUUUGAACAAUCCAUCUUCUUCCCAUUAAAAUUGUGUUUGUUUCUUACGAGCCUUGGGAUCUCCUUCUCAUAAACUCUUGUAAUUGCUUCCUGGUCUGAUCCGUCUUGUAUGUUCCCUUCGAUUUGGGAAUGAAGUUUUGUGUUGGAUGGGGAUUGAAAUUUGAUUGGUUCGGUAACAUUAUUCGGGUCAUCAUUGCCUGGAGCUGGAUUAUUUGGUGGUUCCCUUGAUCUAUGUGCCUUCAUUUGGUUAGGAAUUCUGAUUCCUUUGUUUCUGGGUUCUCUGAUGUCCUAGGUAUCUGUGAGUUUUCUUUGUCAUCCAUUUUUCUCGCGUCUUACAAGACGCUAGUCGUCUCGUUGAUAUGGCUUUCCCUUGUGGAACCUUUGUGUACUUUGGGGUUCUUUACCAAAGAAUCUAUCUCUGUUGAGAUGGUUCCCAGAUUCAUUACAAUGCUUGUUGGAUCAAGUUCAUUGAGCUCGUAGGCGGACCUUCCUUUUCUAUGGUCGGAAGAAGGUAAGGUGUCACCGGUCUCAACUCCGGUAGCAUCCUUUUCCCCCAACUUUAAUUGACAACUAAUAUUUCUGUUGAUAUGAAGGCUAAUUGAUUGCUCUUCGGUUGCCCUUUAUGCUCCCAUUUAAAUUCACGUAUUUCUAGCUCGGAAUUAAUUGGAGGCUUAAUUAGUAUUUUGAGUGUAGCUUGCCCAAAUCCAUUUAUUGUUAAUUCCUUUCUCUUUUCAGUUGUAAUUUUUUUCAUUACUUUACUUGUUUACCGGCUCUCUGUACUUGUAAUACAAUAAUUGUUGGGUUUAGUAACUAUUUUGUCUCAAAUCGGUUACAAAGCUUUAUGAUCAUUUAAUACAAUAAUUAUUGGAUUUGGUAACCACUUUUUCUCAAGUCGGUUACAAGGCUUUAUGGCCAAAAACGGCUAGCGCCGGAAAAGCCUUAAUUGUGCUUUUAAAUCGUCUCCUUAAUGACGAGCUAGAGUGUUUUAAAACUCUAAUAAAGAGAGCCUUUCAAGGUUGUUGCUUUCGCCAGCAUAAUGGGGACUAUUCAAAGGGCAUCCGCAAAUAAAUAUGCUCUCAAUGCCCUAAUUAAUGCAAUCAUCCAACAAUUUGAUACUAGAAAAUAUUGGCCAGCAAUGGAUUGCUCGAAAUUCCCAUUUGGAAAAAUACUUGGAAUAUCCAAGUCCCGCCUAAGCUCAAAAUUUUCAUAUGGCGAUGCCUCAAAGCCAUACUUCCUAGAGUAGUGGCCCUUCAAACUUGUGGAGUCAACUGUUUCAACCGAUGCCCUGUCUGCUGGAGACAUCGAGAAAGCAUUGAACAUUUAUUCUUCAGAUGCCCCCUAGCCACCAGAUUGUGGACUGUAGUGGGAUUGAGCAACUUUAUUGAGACCGCCCAGACUAUUAACUUUAGUCUAUGGUGGCGACAUGUCAUGGUCUCCGAGACCUCCCCAUUCCACAUUCUCCAAUGUGUCUGUUUACUUUGGAGAAUCUGGAAGUCUAGAAAUAAAGUGACCUUCGAAUU